GGAGCUGCAAGUGAGUGAAAGACCACAGAAUCAAUUCUGAAUUCAAAACUACAAGGACUGAAAACAAAAUGCAGGCUUUUAUCAUUUUAGCUCUAUUGGCAAGCGCCUAUGCCGUUGAAGUUGGUGUACCGCAUACACUACAGCAUGUCCCUCAAGUACAAACGCAUGUCCAGGAAGUAGCACAACAGCACAUUUCACACGUCUUACAACAAGUUCCAAUUGUGCAAGCACAAGUACACAAACAACAACAAACCAUUGGUAAUAAGAUAACAAAAGCUUCUGACAUUCCACCACACGUACAACAUGUUGUAGACCAAGUUCAUCAACAUGUGCCACAAGUCAUCAAUCACAUUUCCAAAGUCACCAAAACCGAUAAGAAAGUGCCACAUGUGACAGAUCAUCAUGUGCGUGUACAGAUAAAACCAAGUGUUGUGCCACAAGUUGAAGAGAAAGCUGUAGAUGUCAGUGCUACCUCACAUAUUGUGUCCCAACAUGUCUUAACGCCUGCACAAGUGCAACAAGUACUUUCGACCAAUGUACACAAAGUACAAGACCGCGUUAAGGAAAUUGUUAGACAAGCACAAAUGCAUAUUCCACAGGCUUUGCAUUAUUACGCUGAACAAAGAAAAAAAUUGGAGAAGAAACAUAAAGUCACUACAACUGCACCGGUAGUUAAAAAAGAUGCUGUACCAGAAGUACCCAACCAUGUGCAACAUAUUGUGGAACAAGUUCAUCAACAUAUUCCUCAAGUGAUUCAUCAUCAUCAUGCAAGCAGCAGCACUACAAAAGUACCACAUGUCCCAGCCCAUGUACAACAUGUUGUCGAACAAGUACAUCAACAUGUACCAGAAGUUAUAGAUCAGCAUGUUAUGCGCAAAAAAGUGGAAGUUCCAAGUCAAGUGCAACAUAUUGUUGAACAGGUACAUCAACAUGUUCCACAGGUAAUAAAUCAUCAUGUUACUAAGGAGAAAGUUAAUGUACCUGAUCAUGUACAACAUGUUGUUGAACAAGUACAUCAACACAUUCCACAAGUUAUAAACGAGCAUGUCAAGACCACCACUAAUGUACCGAAGGUGCCUGUUCAUGUACAACAUGUUGUGGAACAAGUUCACGAACAUGUUCCACAAAUAGUCAAUCAUGUUAAUGCUCAGAAAGUUGAAAAAGCUAUGUAAAAUCAACAAAGAAUGAAGUCGUCUCAAUUUUAAUCUUGAAAUUUAAUUUUCCACUUUUCUGUGUUUAAUUAACAAAUUUUCUAUUUUAACAGAAUUAAUCAAUU